UUUGCACCUGACAGUGCUGUCUAUGUCAGGAACUAUGUUUCUAGGCCUAAAUGGAUACCUGCAAAAGUACUUGUGGCCACAGGACCUUUGUCAUACAAAGUACAAAUUCCUGAUGGUAGAAUAUUACGAAGGCAUGUCGAGCAGAUUCGGGAACGGAGUGAUGAGAUUGUGCCUGCUGCCGGUCCCAGUCAUACUGGGUUUUCUCUGAUACCAGAUGAUGUUGAACCACUGGAUUAUACAGGUCUCAGUUCUCCAGGAGUUGUUGUUGAAGAACCAGUUCUGUGUGGUCCAUCUGACAGAGCACAGGAAGAAGGGAUGGGCACAACUGAAGGUCCAGGUUUCGCAUACCAUCCAUAAGCACCUCCAGUUGAAGGAAAUACAAGGAUAACCAAGCCAAAAGAUAAGCCUACAGAAACUGCUUAUACCUGGAAAUGAUUCUCCCAAUGUAUCCAAUGUGAGAGUUUGAAAAUAAACAAGCCAAUGGAUAAUCAUAGUCAAAGCAGUUGGGACUCAUUGCCUCAGCUGUGCCUACAGAAGAUUUUCAUGUAUCUUGGAGACAAAGACAGAACAUCUGCUGCUUCAGUGUGCCGGAAAUGGAAUCAAAUCCUGUACUCUGCAAUUCUUUGGAAGUCCCGGACUAUUAUUUUUGGUGGUCGUUCGACUAUGCCCAGUGUAACAGAAUUUAAAUCUGCAGUCCGGUAUGUCAAGAAGUUUGGUAUAUAUCUGGAAAAUUUGGAGAUCAGGUUUCUAAAUGUUUAUAAUUCUGUCCUAACCCGGGAUUUCCAGAUGUCCAUGAAAAGUUUGUUGGCAAACCUGGGAAAAAAGAACAAGUGCCUAAAAUGUUUUUCUAUUCCGCACUUAGAACUGGAAAGGGUGAUCUGGAGCAACAAAUUGAGGGAUACAUUUAUCCAGAGCCUCAGCCUAUUCCUUAAAAAGAUGGGGAAAAAUCUGGAAAGCUUAAAUAUACGAGGGGCCAAAAUGAGCCUAGAACAAGGCUGCACCAUUCUUAAGUCCUUGAGUUCUUCAGAGAAUGUGAUCUACUUAGCUGAGCUAAACAUUGAGGAUUUCUUCACCCGCCAUAUUCCUGUCUACAGUGAUGUUUGUUUCCAUGAAGCAAUGUCUGCUUUCCAUAACCUGAAUAGUCUCACCCUCAAUUACAGUUGCAUUUCAGAUAAGAUUUUGGACAUACUGUGUGAAAACUGUAGAUACUCGCUUUCCACGCUUACUAUCAAGUGCCACAUUUAUGAUCCUCACAUGCAAGUGGUGGACGGGAAGUCAUGGAAAAAGCUGGCACAAGAAGCCAAGAACUUGCAGGUUACCUUUCUGUUUGAAAGAGUAUUGCUGUACAGUGAUUUAUUCAGGAUACUCCUUCCAGAGAUACCUGCCUCCAACAUUAGUAUAAGAAGUUGUUACUUCAGUGAUCGAAGGUGGUCCUUGAGAUCUACAGUUACUGAACUCCUGCCAAAUUACAAAGACACUUUACAAAAGCUGACAUUGGAGUAUAGCAACCAUGAAUAUCUUGACGAUGAGCUGAUUAAACUUGUGCUUUUGUGUAAAAAGUUAAACUAUCUCAAAUUGUGGGCUUUUCUGAAAGUUGCAUUUGUGGAAAGGAUAUUACAGAAACAAAAAGAAGGCAAGUGCUCUCUGGAAACUUUCAAGAUCCGAAUUUAUAUCAGCAGAAGUGAGACAGUUAAACAAGAUAAGAAGCUUUUUGAGAUAUUUCUGAAGUACAUGGAUAUAAUUCCGAAUAUGAAUUAUUUUGCCAUGGUCUACCCUUAUAUAUGAAGGGAACAUCAGGAAAUUGACCAUCAUUGUGAGGCUGAAUCUCACAAAUGUCACCAUAAACUGAAGAGCUCACAAUUCACAAUUCAAUUGUUGGUUGUAAACUAAAAAUGGUUAAAAAAUCAA